UGCAUAUGGCGCCAUCAAGGGCAAAAUUUAUUCGUCCUGAUUACUCUAAAAAAAAUUGGCAAAUAAAGCCCCUUAGAAUAUCUUAAUAGCACAGUCUGGGUUCAUUGGUGCGUGUCUGUCUACUGUGUUGCCGAAGAGUAAAAACUGAAUAAAUAAAGCUGCUGCCCAUCUGUGUGACUGACUAUAUAUAAUGAUGGCCGACCUGAAAUCAACCGUGGAACAAGAAGCUGUUUCGAGUGGCCUGACAGAGUCUCCAGGAGAACCGGUCGAGGCUGUAACUUUUCGAGUAGCGACAGGAGAGGCUGUGAAUGAGGUGAUGUUCAGUGGGCAGCCAAAUGAUGACAUUAGUGUUCCUCUGGAGGGAGUGACUGACACUGAUAGUAACAAAACAACUGAAAUGGCAAACUUGGCUGAUGUUUCUCCUGAAAAUCACCUCGAUUUAGGAAAGACAGUGGAAGGGACUCGUGAAAAAGUUUCCCCCUGUGGGACUCCAGAAAAUGAUCCAGAUCAGAAGGAUUUGCCGUGUCUUGAUACUUUCGACAGACCAGAGUCAGGGAAAAUGAUGGAGGGAGCUCCGGAUGCUGCAGUUUCUUGUGAGAUGUCAGAAAGUAAUCCAGCUGGGUCUGAAAAGGCGCCCAAAGUGUCUACUUCUGCCAAACGUAAAACAAUCCGUCCGGUUAAGUACGGUAGACAUGGAAAAGAUGGCGAGGAAUCGUGUCUGUUCAAAGCUUUGUCGAGUGGUGAGACAGUACGAAGCAAAAGCGUGGGGCAGAAAGAUGGAACUCCAUCUAGCAGACGACAGAGACGUCCCGUUGUUAAGAAAUCAGGAAUGGAUUCAGAUUCGUCUGACGAAGAUGAUCAAGAUGUUGAUGUCGUUGAAGAUGUUGAAGGAACGGAGGAGACUGUGUCGGAGUCUAAUGCCCCGGAUGGUGAUGAGAGUUUCAAGAAUGAAGGAGCUGGUACCAGUGGUGCUACAGCACUAUCCCCUCGUCGUGGGCGCCGAGUAAGAAAAAGACGGGCAUCGUUGGAAGACAUGGUUUCUAGAGACAGUACACGUCAAAGUUCUGUUAAGAAGGGGAAAAGAGAUUUUGAGACUGAUUUGGACUUGGACAUUGAAAAGAAGACGAAGUAUAAAGAGGAGAUUCCAGACGAGUUACAAAAAAUGAUCAGAAGUGUUGAAAUUGAAGCUAAAAAACACAAGCUUCCUACUGUUACUUGUCCAAAAUGUCAGAAAGAUUACAAUCGGGCGUACAUCAGGCAACAUAUUUUGAACAAACAUUGUCCGAAAAACACUCUAUAUGAGGACAGGAAAUUUAAAUGCGACGAAUGUGAUAAAAGAUUUCUUUCGAAGGGCUCGCUGAAAUAUCACAUGAAUGUUCACAUGCCUCAAAAACCCUUUGUCUGCGACCAGUGUGGUUCGAGUUUCACUCAAAAGGGAAACAUGGUUGCGCACAAGAAAAUUCACAUGCGCCAAGACGGUGUGAAGGACUACGUAUGCGCUGACUGUGGUAAACAGUUUAAUUCGAAGCGCUACUGGGAGGGUCAUUUGAAAUUUCACGCGGGUAUUUACAUGUUCAGUUGCGAAAUUUGCGACCGUGCCUUCCUUCAGAAGGAUGGAUUAAAGUCGCACAUGAAAACGCAUGCUGAUAUCAAACCGUUCAUGUGCGAUAUUUGUGGGGAGGGCCUGUCCUCUAUUGGCACGCUGAAGAAUCAUAAACUGAUUCACACCGGUGAAAAGCCUUUCGAGUGCCCAACUUGUCAGUUGCGUUUCCGUAACAAGACGACGUAUAACCGCCAUUUGACCGUUCAUUCCGACGCCCGACCUUACAAAUGUGACAUCUGCGGCUUGACGUUUAAAUUCCCGCUGUAUUUAUCGCGUCAUAAGCUCAUCCACACUGAUGAGAAAAAAUACCCCUGUACGGAGUGUGAGAAAUCCUUUAAGCGUCGCGAACAUCUGAAACUGCAUCAAAGGAUUCAUACCGGGGAGAAGCCGUAUGUUUGUGGAUAUUGCGCGAAAAGGUUCACUCAGUCCUGCAGUAUGCGCCAACAUGAAAAGUCCCACUUAAAAAAGAACGACGUAAAGUUAUCAGCAGAGGAGUUGGAACGAUUAAGUACACGUAAUGCUGAUGUUGAAUUAACUGGUGUCUAUGUUGAUGAUGAGAGUGAGAGGGUUAACAGAGUGAAUAUUUUGCGCAAGGGUGGCAUUAAAGGAGGACGUGGGAAAGCGCUGCUCAUGACGAAGCAGGUGUUAAAGGAUGAGACGUAUUAUGAUAAUGUCGAGGAGAAGGAGACAUCCACUAGCAGUGAUGAUUCAAGCAGCAGUGAUAUGUCGGGCGCAGAUUCUGACGAUUAUGACAAUGAUGACGUAACUGAAGAUGUCGUUCCUGAAACUCCUGCGGAAGCUUUCAUAAGUUUGCAUGUGGGUGGCAAAAUUGAUCGAAAGUGGUCUGCCGGUACCACCACAGCAAAUCCAGAUGACAUUUAUGUCGGUUCUCAAGCUGACUCGACUGUAGGCCAAAACAAACAAAGAUGGGUUCCCGGUAUGGAUAACCCCACUAGUGUGCCUCAAGAUGUCAUGAAAAAUGAAGACAUAGUUUACAGCGAAGUGGUCGUACCCAGCAAUGCAAAUGAAGUAGAGAUACAGACUUGCGCAACUGAAGAAAUAGUGACACAGAAUCCUAAUGCGACAAGAAUCGUCAUACCAGAUACGCAUACUGUGACUUUCGGAGACGAGGAGAGGCUUAUCUACUUGCUGAUUGAUUCAGAGAAUGGCCCGAUGCCGGUCGUAUUGGACAGGAAUGAUAUGCAGAAACAGGGACUCGCGGAUUCAAACGUCACGUUUGUGAUAGCAGGUGAUGAGCCGGAAACUUCGAAUAUCAUCACUGAGCAACAAGAAAGCGGGAUGCAGACGCGCCCAGUUGUUUCUGAGGCAUCACUUGAUGCAAUACCUUUACAAAUGCAGACCACAAAUAUCGGAACUAUACCGAAUAUCGGAACAAUUGAAAUGGUUCAGUCUGCACCAGUUACUACGGUUCCUUUGGAAAACGUUCUUGACACAUCGACAAAAACCUCGGUACCAAAUGUAGUCGCGGAAAGUUGGGAUGAACUUUCUGCAGCCUGUGCCUUGGUUGAAUCGUCGUUAUCGAGACCAAGUUCGGGCGCAGGUUUCCCCGUCUCCAAUGAAAGCGCGGUGCAGGUAGAACCAGCCCAACCCGUGACCUCUCCAUUUGUCAUUGUUAAGUCUGAAGGAACAAGCCUAGACGCACAGACGGGUAUCAUGAUCAAAGAUGAAGUUGUUGAGGUGCGGCAGACUGCAAACCCGCCGGCUUCUUUUCAGAAUGAAUUGGCCACAACAGAAAUUGAAAACGAUAAUGAGGAUAGUUCAAUUGACUCCAAACCAAUUCAAGUUAUUUCACCCAGUUCGACAAAACCACCACUGCAGCAGCUGAGCAGUGCAACUCCACAAGUGUCUGCCACAGAUGAAACUCAGUGUGAAGUGAUACCAAAAUCUGAAGCCCAAGAUAUUGAAAAAAGCAACGAAAGUUUGGUUGGAACGGGAAAGUCUGCCACAACAGCGAUUGACAUUGCAGAGGAGAAGUCCAAGUUAGAGGCUGCUCAGUCUCUUGCCAGGAUGAUAAACGAGCCUGGGCCACGUCCAACCCUCUCCUUAGAAACUCCUGAGAAAACUUCCGCUGCAGCAGACCUGUCUGGCUCCAAGGAACUCGGCGAUAUUGAGACUGCAGAUGAAGAUGUGAAACUGGAACCAUCCGUAAGUUCUCCUGAGCCCGGGUCGUCCCGAAAGAAGUCGUCAAGACUGUCCAACGAACCAAAACGCACGUACACAACAAGAAGGAAAAUAAAGGAGAAGCCAGAGUAUACGCAAGUAACAGACGGUAUCGACUGCGAUUUAAAAACUGGGAAAUGUUUCUCUUGUAAUAAAGUCUUCCAAAGUCCGUCGUAUCUCCGCCACCAUGUCCUGAUGCAUAAAGGUAUCAACCUCUAUAGCUGCGAGGAGUGCGGUCGCAGUUUCCCCUGUGCGACGAAUUUGAAAACCCACAUGUCGAAGCAUUUUCCCGAGGCGAAGAAGGGUUUCCUCUGUUCGGUUUGUGGAACAGAAGUGGCGACGAAAGCCAAUUUAGAUAAUCAUAUGCGAAUUCACACGCGAAAGGAAGGUGAAAAAGAUUUCAAAUGCAACAUCUGCGGGAAAGGUUUCAACUCGCGUGUCCAUUUUACAGGACAUAUGAAAAUGCACAAAGGCACUUAUUUGGCAGUUUGUCAGAUUUGUGGUCACAAGUUUGCGACGAGGCAUGCGCUAAAAAUGCAUAUGAAAAGCCACAGUGAUGUUAAGGAUUAUAUCUGUGACGUGUGUGGUAAAGCUGUAAAGACUCCAUUGACGCUGCGCAAUCAUAAACGUAUUCAUACCGGUGAGCGUCCGCAUCAAUGUCCGACGUGUGACCGCGCCUUCCGCGAUCGGUCAACAAUGAUACGUCAUCAGUCGCUCCAUUCGGAAGACCGGCCCCAUGUAUGCGAAGUCUGCGGUCUCAGUUUCAAAUGGAAAUUAUAUCAUACGCGACACAAACUUGUCCAUUCCACCGAAGCAAAUUUUGAGUGUCCUACCUGUGGAAAACGAUUUAAACGGAAAGAACAUUUGAAGUUACAUGUCCGCAUUCACACCGGUGAAAAGCCCUACACGUGCAAAUAUUGUGAAAUGACAUUUACCCAGACAUCGAGUCGCCGUACCCAUGAAAAAACACACAUCAAGGCCGAAAAGAUUGAACAGAAGGAAGGAACUGAUGUGCAUGUCUUGAAAAUUUGGUAGGGUGAAGGGGCUUGUGAACACAAAAGGCACUGAAGCCUUUUCUCUUGAAAUUGUUGGCCAGUCUAUACAGGGUGGCCCAGAAUUAUUUUCCCUCAUACAAUGGAUACACAAUAGAAUUCUAUUGUCCAAUGGAAAAUAAUUCUGGGCCACCCUGUAGUGGAAGUUGGGGAAUUAUAUGCCUGCCACAAAUGUGUUGAUAUUUCUACAUGUACUUUGCUGUUAAGUUUUCUUUGAAGAAUUAUCAAAUGUAAGAAUGAAUUACCUUGGCUCAACAUAUUUUCAUUGUUUUGAACUUAUAAAUAAAG